AUGCUUGACGAGCACUACGUGAAAUGUAUUUACGAAAGAAUGCAUUUCAACAACGCCUGCCAAAGGCAAACCUGCGAUGAUCAGGCUCAGCGACUGCCAGCUGCGACUUUGGUAUUUUUCACAUACGCGGGAAUCCUGCUUCAUGGCCUUCGCCUGCACAAGACUACCAUCAGCACCAUGCAGGCACGAAAUUUCGCCACAAAUGCAUGUCAAACUAACAGCUGUCUUGGCUCAUGGGUCAAAUACGUGCAGUGGUCUCAUGCUCAUGUGAGCCUACCCGUGGCGGCGCUCGUGCGAGUACCCGUUCAUUCGAGUGUCAAACUUUCAUCACCGGUUAAUCCAUCCAAGCAUCAUCCAAACUCUUGUUCCAGACGGAUAUUUUAUGAGAUAAUUGCAUGUCACUUUCUUGUGUCAAGUCAAGCUUGUUGUGUGUUCCUCCCCCAUCGCCUCUGA